AUGGCUGAAAAAUACCAGCAGCAGCAGCAGGUGUACCCACUGGCACCAUCUACUAUUGUGCCCAGGAGUGAUGCUCAAGAAUCAGGUACCUAUGAAUCCAUGGAGCUCAGGAAGAAGAAAAGAAUGAAAAGGUUAGUAUAUAUCGCUGCGUUUGCUGUAUUUCAGACAAUAAUCAUCCUUGUUUUUGCCCUGGUGGUGAUGCGCGUAAAAUCACCUAAGGUAAGAUUGGAGGACAUCAAUGUCAUCACCAACGAGAAUGGGAACAUCAGGCUCAAGGCACAAGUCAGGAUAAAGAAUACUAAUUUUGGGCGUUACAAAUUUGAUAGCAGCAUAGCUACUUUGACCUCAGGAGGCGUAUCGGUGGGAGAAUUUGUGAUCCCUGAUGGGCGGGCCAGAUUGAAAUCCACCAAGACAUACUAUGUUAUUGUGGAUGUUACUAGCCCUUCAAGCUCUCGCAGAGCUGGCUCUAAUUCUGGACUGCUGGAACUGAACGCUAAGGCUGAGUUGACUGGAAAAGUCGAAUUCCUGAUGGUGUUGAAGAAGAAAAAAUCUGCAGAAAUGGAUUGUACCAUGUCGGUUAAUUUGUCAACAAAUUCUGUCCAGGACCUCACAUGCCAGUGA